UCUCUCUCUCUCUCUCUCUCACCCCCCCACCCCCCCCACUACUCACACUCUCACUGAUUUCAGCAGGAUGUGUGCAGCUUUUAAGGAAACGCUUACUAACUGGACAGGAGUUAUGUCUGAGACACGAUAUGUGAUAUAUCAGUAGUCAGAUGACAGUGCAGUUUGGACAUAAGGCUACUCCUCAUCCACAUGUGGGUAAAGGCAAUCCAAAUACACCUUGUUUUGAAAUAGCAGGUGAGAGCAGAGGUACAGUCGGGUAUCACACCGAUUAAAAUCAGUGGAGGAUAUCCAGACAGAUGGCCACGCCCUUUGUACCAGUGCCUUUGCCCAUCGAUCGAGCUCUUCCGGGCGCCUCUGCUGCCAGACGACCCAAGCGGGCAUCAAGCCUGGGCAGCGCGUCCAGCAGUUCGGAAUCGUCUUCCACUAAAGGUGCAGCGGAAGAAGGUAGAUUUCAGGGAAGUGGAAAUGGGAGCUGCUUCAUUGCUUCAUGUCAGAGUCCUGUAACGAGGGCCAGGAUGAACGGAGUCGAGGCCACUGUGGAGUAUUCCAGCUGCGCAAGACCGGAUACGCCACCAGACACAAUUGGAUGGGAGGACAGACCCAUAACUCCAACAGUGCUCGGGUACGAAGUCAUGGAGGAGAGAGCGAAGUUCACGGUGUAUAAGAUUCUGGUGAAGAAAACCCAGGAUGAGAGCUGGGUGGUGUUCCGGCGUUACACUGACUUUUCCAGACUCAAUGACAAGUUAAAGGAAACGUUUCCUGGGUUCCGUCUCUCUCUGCCACCUAAACGCUGGUUUAAAGAUAACUAUGAUACUGACUUCCUGGAGGACAGACAGUUAGGUCUGCAGGCCUUUCUACAAAAUCUGGUGGCUCAUAAAGACAUUGCUAACUGCAUCGCAGUGCGAGAGUUUCUCUGCCUGGACGAGCCUCCAGGACCAUUCGACAGUCUCGAGGAGAGUCGCGCGUUCUGUGAGACUCUGGAGGAAGGUAACUACCGGCUGCAGAAGGAGCUGCUGGAGAAGCAGAAAGAAAUCAAUUCCUUAAAGAAGAUGUUGGAGGAGAAGGAGCUGUACAUACACCUGCUCAAGAAGCAGAUCAACGGUGAGUCUCUGACUCCGGAGAGCCUGUACGGUCUGUCUGCUCAGGGCAGUGAGAGCAGCGUGGACGCUGAGAGCUCCACGGCUGAAGCGGACCAGGACAUGCCAGAGGAGAGCGGCAGCUGCGAGCAUCAGGCAUCACGGAGCUCUUCGGCAUGUUGGUGUGGUCCGACCAUUAGCAGCUCACCUCCAGUCAUCCAGGUCACUCAGGUGGAGCAGUGAAUCAGAGCCAAGACCUCCAACACCUCUCUCUCUCUCUCUCUCUCUCUCUCUGUCCCCCCUCCCUUCUCUUUGCCCCAACUUCUUGCACCGUAUGCUAGUGUUCACAGCCUCUCGUAACUUCAGUCAGUCACCUCAAAGGCACAAAGAGAUGAGUAUCUUCUGUGCCUGCAUUUAAAGAGAGAGAGGAAGGAGACUUGGGGGCUGAAAUCUGGACCACUCCACGUAGAGACAGCAGAAUGUCCAGAGAAUGAAGUUUAGAUCAUCUAAAUCUGCUCAGUGAUGUCCUGUAGGAUGGAGUAAGGCUUUUUUGGAUUUUAACCACUGACCUCCAGGCAAACGACCAGAAGAAGAUGAACUUUAUUUAACUUCUUAUAAGAGGUGCCAAUAUGUACAGUUUAUCCAUAACGUCCAUCAUGUUUAACCCAUCAUUAAUUCAUUACAGGAGAUUUUUUUUUUCUAAUGACACAGCAGUCAAAACAAACCUUUUCACAUGAGCAGCCAAAACACUUGAGCGGGAAAGACACCAGACGUGGAAGUUUUUCUCUUCAUUCCACUUUAUUUUGCCGGGACUUUGACCUACGAAUUCAUGAGCCUCAGCUUUGGGAGUCAGUAGAAAAGAAGAAGGUGGAACUGGAAUUUUUUUGUUUGUUUGUUUGUUUGUUAGAAAAAUAGAGUUGCUUAUUAUUAAAUAACACUGAAAGCAGAUAUUUGCUUUUCUCUUUUCAUCUCGGUGGGAAAACUGACCGGCAAAUAAUGGUGUUUUUUUUGUUUGUUUGUUUGUUUGUUUUGGUUAGUUUUUGUUUUUCUCUGGUAGGAUUUUCUCAUUCGUAAUGUUGGCACCUUUGUCUCAUGACAGUUAACUGUGACAAUCCAGAGACAGAAACUGCCUUUUCUCCAAAAACACAGUGGAGUGAAGCCCCCUUGUGGAUAAUGCAGCUACUGCAGUCAUUUACUCAGGAAGGACGAUGUUGAAAGACUGAAGUUUCCCCUGUGCUGCUGCUGGCGUCUCAUCAGGGCUACGAACUGAUGUCUGCCAGGUCAUUUCUAACUGGCAGACACUCUGGAUUUAAGGCAUCCUUGCCUAGGUUUUGCCUUUCGUGUCAUGUCACGCCGCACUGCCAUUGCCUCAUUCACAAUUGAAAUGCAAUUAAUCAGCAUAUAGAAGUAAAGAAGUCUGCACAUUGUUAAGCUGUGUAUCUGCAGUGUUAUUAUUAUUUUUUUUUUUUUUCAUUUUAUUUUUGUUUUGUAAUUUCAGACAUUCAUUUCAAAUAUGUCGCUUCUUUUGCCUCGGUCCUCGUUCUGAGAUUCUGAUCACUAAGUUUAAAUGUAAAGAUUCUGGAAGACGUUGCGUUCGAGCGCAGGAUCAGAUUCCUGUCAAAGCAGCAAAUCCUUACAAAAACAGCUCCAGAUAAUCAGCUGAAUAACCAGAUUAACCAGAUCAGAUGUCGGAAUAGCUCUUAAAGGUAGACUUCCUGUUCUAAACUGUUUCACACUACACAAGUACUUUGCAUUUUGUUAAGCCGCUCGACUGUUUUUCUUUUGUUUGUUUGUUUUUUUAAAGCCUGAAAUCGACUGUUUUUGCAUCUGUUUAUUUUAAUGCGGUUGUCGCUCAAAAGUCCGUGUCGUCACGAUCACCGAAUUUUGACCUCAAAAGUCAUGAAAAAAAGAACAUUUUAUAGCCUAAAAAAGCACUAAACACUACAGCGUCUGGGUCAGCCUUUGUGUUAAAAGUGUGUCCAUGUGUUAAUGUGUGUAGUCUCUCUUGUUUGCUGCUUGUAAAUGGUCACCUCGGGUCACAUGUUGCACUUUAAUAUCUGCUGGGAUUGGGGGAAUCGGUGUGUGUAGGCUAGCAGGCAAAGCUUGUGUUUGUUCGAGUGCAACGUAUAGCUUCAAAUGAAGCCCAGUGCCUUUAUCUGCAUCUUAUAUAUUUAUGUGUGUUUGUGUACAAAAUGUACAUAUGCUUCCGAAAUCAAAUUUAGACGUAUGACAUAGUGCCUUGCAUUUCUUCUCGUUAUGUAAGCAUUUGUUGCUGUUUUUCACUCCUUUAGGGUUGAUGCAAAAUGACAAAUGGCUGUUUAUGACUUUUUAGACUUCAUCCAAAAUAAUUCACAUCCGUGGUCAAAGCAUUAACGUGGCUACUGACAAAUAGUCACGGCGUCACCCGUAAAGUGUGAUUCCUAGGCUCAUACUCUUAUCAUAUUUCACUAAACUACACAAUUAAUGUUCCGAAUGAACGUUUGUAUGACGCCUGUGAUCAUCAGAUCCACAUUUAGGUCGAUCGUUUACACAUUAGACAACCGCUCAUAAAAAACGCUCAUAAAUCUCGAUCUUAUGCAACUGUUCAGUAGAUGAAAUUAAAAAGUUCUGUUGGUUUAUCUUUACGCUUGUCUUGUUCUUCAGCCGCAAUACAAUUUCCUUUUGAUUUGAAAUGUCACACUUGUAGAAAAAAAAAAGUGUUUUUUUAGCAUCUUUUUUUUUUGCCAGAUCUUAUAGAAGUAUAUUUGGUUCACAUGGUAACAAAGUCUGUUUUCUGUUGAGGGAUAAUAAAAGUUUUCAGAUGUAUUUUCA